AUGGGAGAAGAGGAAGCUUUGAUACUGCGUUCUGAAGUAACAAUGCAAAACCCUCCUUUUUGGCCCCGGGGUAAUUCUACUCGGGAACUGACAGAGACUAUGUGGAGGGGACCCACAAGAGUCAAUACGCAACAGGUGGUUUUUGAGUUAAAACACAAGGUGGUUUGUGCACUGAACAAGCUUGCUGAUCGAGAUACUUACCAAAUAGGCGUUGAGGAACUUGAGAAGAUGGCUGAGUGCUUAACCCCAGAAGGGAUUGCUCCAUUUCUGUCUUGUAUUUUGGAUACAGAUUCAGAACAAAAGAGUGCAGUUCGAAAGGAAUGUAUUAGACUGGUUGGUACAUUAGUGAGAUAUCAUGAGGGGCUUGUUGGGCUGCAUCUUGGUAAGAUGGUUGCCAGCAUUGUUAAGCGACUAAAGGACCCAGACUCUGUUGUGAGAGAUGCAUGUGUGGAGACUGUUGGUGUUUUGGCUUCAAAAUUGAGUAAUGAUACAGGUGAGGGUGAUGGAGUCUUUGUUGUCUUAGUAAGGCCACUUUUCGAAGCUCUGGGUGAACAAAACAGGCAGGUGCAGUCGGGUUCAGCAUUGUGUUUAGCUAGGGUCAUUGACAAUAGUCAUGAUCCACCAGUUUCAAUUCUGCAGCGUAUGUUGAACCGAACAAUAAAGUUGUUAAAAAAUCCACAUUUCAUGGCGAAGCCAGCAAUUAUUGAAUUGAACAGAAGUAUUAUCCAGGCAGGGGGUGCUCCAACACAAAAAUUCUCUCUGCUGCAAUGGCUAGCAUUCAAGAAUCUCUCAAGAGUAAUGACUGGACAACACGCAAAGCUGCAUGCAUAG